ACAUACGUCACCACGCUCUGUUAUUUACCUUCUACCACAGUGGAGAGGAGUGGAGGUCAGACGAAUGGUAUCGCUAAAUAAUGGACCAGCGGUGGCUGCUGAAUUUAUUAGGGGCAUUGGUUACUUGAUGUUUUUUAACAACAGGGUUAGUGUGUCGUUGUCUGCGCUCACAAAGCGUAUUUUACUGCUUCCUGCUGCUCAGGGUGUCCGUCUCUAGUACGUAAACAAACAUGACCGCUACCAUUUCCAGGCAGAGACACGCUGCAGUCGCAGCAGACUCCUCUGGCUCGUCUUUUUCCCUUACUGCAAGCCUCAUGCGACUCUCGAAACACAUCAAAUAUGAAAAUCUUGCAGCCGGGCUCAGUGGUGGUGUUAUUUCCACAAUGGUGUUACACCCCCUCGAUCUGAUCAAAAUCAGAUUUGCAGUAAGCGAUGGUCUGAAAAUGCGGCCGCAGUACGAUGGCAUGGUGCACUGCAUGAAGACCAUUUGGAAGCUGGAAGGCAUUAGAGGUCUCUAUCAGGGUGUGACCCCCAACAUCUGGGGGGCCGGGGCAUCAUGGGGCCUGUACUUCCUCUUUUAUAAUGCUAUUAAAGCGUACAAGCAGGAGGGACGGCAAACAGAGCUGAGUGCUGGCGAACACCUGGUGUCUGCAGCGGAGGCAGGCAUUCUGACGCUUUGCCUCACCAACCCAGUCUGGGUGACAAAGACCCGGCUGGUGCUGCAGUACAAUGCAGACCCUUCACGGAAGCAGUACAAGGGAAUGAUGGACGCCCUCGUGAAAAUAUACCGUCACGAGGGUAUCCCGGGACUAUACAGGGGUUUUGUGCCUGGGCUGGUGGGGACUUCCCAUGCUGCACUGCAGUUCAUGACCUAUGAGGGGCUAAAAAGAGAGCAGAAUAAAUAUAAGAAGAUGCCAUCUGAAUCGCUGCUGUCUCCAUUGGAAUACAUCACCAUAGCAGCCAUUUCCAAAAUAUUUGCUGUAGCAGUGACCUACCCGUACCAGGUGGUGCGCGCUCGCCUGCAGGACCAGCACAACAACUACAGUGGGAUCGUGGACGUCAUCAGGAGGACAUGGAGCAACGAGGGGAUCGAGGGCUUUUACAAAGGCAUGGUCCCGAACCUGGUGCGAGUCAUUCCAGCAUGUUGCAUCACCUUUUUGGUGUUCGAAAAUGUGUCACGCUUACUUUUGGGCGAGUAUCACUAAAGCUUCAGGUGCACACACACCAAACGCCGGACCAACUCAACGCAAUAUACCAGGAUGUGUGUGUGUGUGUGUGUGUGUGUGUGUUAGAGAGAGCAGGAAUACCAAACAUUUCCUGUUUAACUCUAGACUCGACGUGCAGACAAAACUAGCAUUUAGCGUGUGCGCUGAAUGAAAACUACAGGUGCACACAUAAAUAUAUGUAUUUGAGAUUGUUGUAUUGUUGAGUUUAAUAAGAGAGAAUAAUCAUAUUGUCUUGAAUAGUCAACUACAAGAAAGUGUCACUUCAAGAUUUGAAUUGAUUUCAAAAGUAGUCAAUGACAAGAACAGCUCGUGGAAAAGUGGAUUCAAGCCAUCCUGUGGUACUGCAACCAAACACAGUGUUCACCAGACACAGUGCUUAAGAAAAUGUUUGUCUUUUUUUACGAAAUUCUCACCAAACAGCUGCUAUAUUUGCUGAGCUAUGCUAGAGAA